GGAAAUACAAACAUUUGCAUUAAUUUCUUGGGUAUGGCCUCCAAAUCCCAAGGCCUGACCAUCCUUUUACUUUCCCUUAUUUUCCUAUUCCUUGCCCUUGCCAAUUCUCAAUACGUACCCACCCCAACUCCAUGUACAUGUAUCGAAACUGGCCUACCCCCUUUCUCACCACCUAGCAACACGGGUGGAGGAGGCCAACCCCCUAUCCCACCUCCGGGAAGUGGCCAACCCACUAUCUCUCCUGGUAGUAGUGGAACCCCACCCAUCACUCCACCUAGUAAUGAUGGCAUCAUCCAACCCCCUGUUUCACCCCAAAGCAAUAAACAACCAUCUAUCUCUCCUCCAAGUAAUGACCAACCCCCUGUCUCACCUCCGGAUAAUGGCCAACCCCCUGUCUCACCUCCAAAUAAUGGUCAACCUCCUGUCUCACCUCUAAGUAAUGAUCAACCCCCUAUCUCUCCUCCAAGUAAUGUCCAACCCCCAUUCUCUCCUCCACAAAAUGCUCAACCCCCUUUAUCGCCUUCAAGUAAUGGUCAACCCCCUAUCUCUCCUGAUAGUGCCCAACCACCUAUCUCACCACCACCCCCUAUCUCUCCCGGUAGUAGUGGACAACCACCUAGCAAUGUUGGCAACACCCAACCCCCUUCACCUCAGGGCAGUGGCCAACCACCCAUCUCACCUACAGUUAGUGGUCAACCCCCUAUAUCACCACCAAGUGGCAGUGGCCAACCCCCUAUUUCUCCUGGUAGUAGUGGAACCUCGCCUAUCACACCACCUAGUAAAGAUAAUAGCACCCAACCCCCUGUCUCACCCGAAAGCAAUAGUCAACCAUCUAUCUCUCCUCCAAGUAAUGACCAACCCCCUGUCUCACCUCCGGAUAAUGGCCAACCCCCUGUUUCACCUCCAAAUAAUGAUCAACCCCCUAUCUCUCCUCCAAGUAAUGUCCAAUCUCCAUUCUCCCCUCAACAAAAUGCUCAACCCCCUUUAUCGCCUCCGGGUAAUGGUCAAUCCCCUAUCUCACCUACGGGUAGUGGCCAACCCUCUAUCGCACCUCCAGGUAAUGGUAAACCCCCAGUCUCACCUCCAGGUAGUAGUCAACCACCUAUCUCACCUUUGGGUAGUGGCCAACCUCCAAUCUCUCCACCGGGUAGUGGCCAACCUCCAUUCUCUCCUCCACAUAAUGCUCAACCCCCUUUAUCACCUCCAAGUAAUGACCAACCCCCUGUUUCACCUCCGGAUAAUGGCCAACCCCCUGUUUCACCUCCAAAUAAUGGUCAACCUCCUGUCUCACAUCCAAGUAAUGAUCAAACCCCUAUCUCUCCUCCAAGUAAUGUCCAACCUCCAUUCUCUCCUCCACAAAAUGCUCAACCCCCUUUAUCGCCUCCAAGUAAUGGUCAACCCCCUAUCUCUCCUGAUAGUGCCCAACCCCCUAUAUCACCUACGAGUAGUGGCCAACCCCCUUUAUCACCUCCAAGUAAUGACCAACCCCCUGUUUCACCUCCGGAUAAUGGCCAACCCCCUGUUUCACCUCCAAAUAAUGGUCAACCUCCUGUCUCACCUCCAAGUAAUGAUCAAACCCCUAUCUCUCCUCCAAGUAAUGUCCAACCUCCAUUCUCUCCUCCACAAAAUGCUCAACCCCCUUUAUCGCCUCCAAGUAAUGGUCAACCCCCUAUCUCUCCUGAUAGUGCCCAACCCCCUAUAUCACCUACGAGUAGUGGCCAACCCCCUUUAUCACCUCCAAGUAAUGACCAACCCCCUGUUUCACCUCCGGAUAAUGGCCAACCCCCUGUUUCACCUCCAAAUAAUGGUCAACCUCCUGUCUCACCUCCAAGUAAUGAUCAAACCCCUAUCUCUCCUCCAAGUAAUGUCCAACCUCCAUUCUCUCCUCCACAAAAUGCUCAACCCCCUUUAUCGCCUCCAAGUAAUGGUCAACCCCCUAUCUCUCCUAAUAGUGCCCAACCCCCUAUAUCACCUACGAGUAAUGGCCAACCCCCUUUAUCACCUCCAAGUAAUGACCAACCCCCUGUCUCACCUCCGGAUAAUGGCCAACCCCCUGCUUCACCUCCAAAUAAUAGUCAAUCUCCUGUCUCACCUCCAAGUAAUGAUCAACCCCCUAUCUCUCCUCCAAGUAAUGUCCAACCUCCAUUCUCUCCUCCACAAAAUGCCCAACCCCCUUUAUCGCCUCCAAGUAAUGGUCAACCCCCUAUCUCACCUACGGGUAGUGGCCAACCCCCUUUCUCACCUCAAAGUAAUGUUAGCAAUGGUAGCCAACCCUCUAUCGCACCUCCAGGUAAUGGUAAACCCCCUGUAUCACCUCCAGGUAGUAGUCAACCACCUAUCUCACCUCUGGGUAGUGGCCAACCUCCAAUCUCUCCACCGGGUAGUGGCCAACCUCCAUUCUCUCCUCCACAUAAUGCUCAACCCCCUUUAUCACCUCCGGGUAGUGGUCAACCCCCUGUCUCACCUCCAUCAUUUAGUAGUCAACCAUCUAUCUCACCUCCUAAUAAUGGUGGCCGAUCCCCUAUCUCCCCUACUAAUGACAAUGAUGGUGGUACUUUGCAACCCCCUAUCCCACCUCCAGGCAAUCGCCAACCUCCUACCUCACCUCCGGGUAAUGGUCAACCCCCUGUUUCACCUUAUUCCAGUAGUGGUGAACCCCCUAUCUCACCUCCUUCCAACGGUGUCAAUGUCACCCAACCCCCUAUCUCACCUCCUUCCAACGGUGUCAAUGUCACCCAACCCCCUAUCCCACCUCCUAAUAACAGCGGUGGAACAUGCCCAAAAGACAAAAAUGACUUGGGUGUAUGUGCUCUUGCACUCAGGAGGCUCGGUUCAAUCUUUCAGGCUGAUCACAGUAUUCUCAUACAGCCUUGCUGCAAAUGUCUUAGAGGGCUGAAUAAUUUCGAAGCUGCUACCUGUCUUUGCACAGCAUCUAAUCUCCUUGCUCGCCUUAUCAACAAUCCGAACCUUGCUAUAAAUACUCUUCUCAAGAUGUGCGAAAUGAGGGCUCCAAAGGGUUUCAACUGCAUACCACGUCGCAUGCUUUAG